AUGGACAUUAGGUCUAUCAGUCUCCCAUCAAGGCUGCAUCCAACUCAAUUCGAAGCUCAACUAGAGAAGCUCAGAUCCAUUUCUCUCACCUCAAACUCCAUCAUCUCCAGCCUAGCAACGCUGGCCGAGCUCUACAACAACAACUCCAUCAACAGCAACCUCACACAAAUUAGAUCGAUCGACCACGCCCUCGAGGCAUCGGUCGCGCUCCUCGACUGCUGCAGCAGCAUCCGAGAAGUGGCACAAAUAGCGAAGGAGAGCGGCCGAGCGCUCCAGUCCGCGCUGAGGCGGAAGGGCCUCCAAAACGACGUCGCUUCUUACGCGGAGUCACGGAAGCGGAUGAAAAAAUGCGUCAAGAAAAGCCUCAAGGCGCUCGAGAAGUUCGAGGGCGGGACGGAUGCUUUGAGGGGCGUCGCCGUGGGGGUGUUUAGGAGCGCGUUGCUCUUCUUCUCAUCGUCGUCGUCGUCGUUUUCGGUUAGGGCGAGGGUGGUGCGUAACAAAUGUGAACAUGAAGGUGUUGUGAAUGAGGUUGGAUGUGUGGAUUUGGCUUUGAGGGAUAUUGGUGGAUUUGAUAAGGAGAGGGUGUUGGUGAGUUUGCAAAAUCUUGAUUGUUGUGUUGGUGGGAUUGAAGAGGGUUUGGAGAGGGUGUUUAGGGAAUUGGUGAGAAGUAGGGUUAAUCUUCUUAACAUUCUCACUGAUCAUUAG